GGGAACAAGUAAUUGAACAAUGGAUUUUAACCUCAAAAUUAAGAAUCAAAAAUCUAAUUGAAAGUGACCUAACGAAUGUAAUGUACAUGUCUGUGUACAAAGCACUACAACAGCCUUUAGGAUUUCAAUUAAUCGAUGAGGAUUUUAAACAAAUGCAUCAAAAUAAAAGUGAUGCCUUGAACAACGAGUGGGACUCUUUUGAAAAAGAAAUAAUAGGUUGCGCGAAAACUAGAAAAAGUUCUGAAAUAUCUGCUCUGCUUGCCGUGUACAAUUUGAUCAACGAUGAUACUGAUGGUUAAAUUUUAUUUUUAUCAAAAUUUGUUUUAUAAAACUUCCUAAUAUGUUACAUUUUUAACUACUCUUGUUUGUGUGUUAAAGAUUAUUUAUUCUAUUUAUUUCUCAGCUUCAGUGGCUGUCAUCUUUAGACUAAUCCCUUUACUUCUACCUACUUUAAACGUAAGAGGAUCGUCUAAAAAACGGGUGUGGAAAUUAAGUAAACCAGAAGUUCAAGACGCUUUUGUAAUGCACAUUACUGUAAUAAUAUUUUUAAUAAUAUUAAUAUAUUUUUUUUCAUAUGUAUUUAAAAUUUAUAAAAUGUUUAAGUUUUCAUUUAAUAAAUUUCAUUUACUUUUUACAGAAUAUAACUCAAUUACAAGGCAGAUUGGAAAAUCGUCGUAAGAAACUCGAAAUGCAUGGUCUUACCGAGCAACCAUUACUUGUUCUUGUUGGCGAAACGUUACUUCAAAUAACUGCAUCGUAUGUAUGUAUAAAUGAUAUUCGAUAUCAUUUUGACUCACCAAAGAAAGCUUUCGACAUCACAUUCAAAAGUUUUUAUGCUUUGCAAUUAAACUACCCAAAGGAAGCAGAAAAUUGUUGGUUAGUAAUUCAGAAUAGAAUUUAUAGUAUAAUCGACAGAACUGAAGAUUCUUUAGGAGAAUCUGUUUUGACUCUGCUCGGAGACAUGCGAAACCGUGGUACAUUAAACAUU